UCUGCCUGCCACAGAUUUCUGCUUCAGUUCUGUGUCACAAACAAAAAAAGAAAACUCACAUCCAGGGAUCAUGGAACCAAAUUCAACUUCGACUUGGAUGUUCUUACUAGCAGCCGUGUCUGUGUUUGCAGCCGUGUCUGUUUCUGAACCUUCAGACGACACCUUCAAGAACUGCACCUUCCAAACUCAGCUCUUUGAGCGUCUAUCGGCUGAUCUGAAGGAGGCAGCAGAGAGCGGUGAGAACCUGCCGUCUACAUGGAGUUCUCAGCAGUCAGCCAGACUCCUGGUGUCCACGAGGUAUCUGACGGAUUUACUGCACAAACACCAGCUGAAAGACUGUCAACUUGCUGAGCCAAAGGAAUGUCCUGCAGCCCGGGUCCCUGAGAACGGAGGAUUGGUUUGUGUCACUGUCAACCACACGCGCUACUGCAAACCUUUGUGCAACUACGGUUAUGAUUUUGGUUUCCUGAGGAGAAGUCGUUUGUUUGAGGAAUGCAGUAAUCAGACAAGAUUCAAAUGGGGCACUCAGUACAUCGGGGGAAACAGACUGGCUGUGUGCAAUGUGGCGUUGACUCAAAUCUCUGGAGCACAGUCGGCGUAUUUUCCAAAAGAUCGGGACUGCCUGACAACCAAGAGCCAACUGCAGGUCAGCUUCAUCCAAAGUGCUGUCGCUGAGCUGCAGAGCAAAGGAAUAGAGGGAGAUCCGCACGAGGCCUGUCUUGUCUGUGGAUAACCAUGAUGUGGAAAACAAAUAAAGAAAUAAUAUUGUGUGAGUGUCGGGGUGUUAAAGUUCCAUUGAACUGAAAUAAAGAUUUGGAAGUAGUUAGAAA